UUAUUGUGGGUCACGGUGGGCGGGUUUUCCGCCUGCAGGGUUUGGUUGAUUCUGUGGGCUAUUGAUUUGUUGCAGGAGGAGGAGGCGGAGGAGAAAGUGAAAGGGGAGGAGUGGAGGAGAAAUUGUGCUGAGGGAAGGAGGGAUGCGGCCGUGCGUGCGGGACGGGAAAGGAGAGUGAUCGCAAUCACAGCAACAACAAAAAAAGAAGAAAGGAAAAGUGCGGGGGGAACGCUGAGGAAGAGCGCACCGAGAAAGAAAGAAAGAAGGAGAGUCACGUGGGGAGCGGAUCGUAGUGGGACUUCUUCUGCCGGGACUUUAGCUGCCGCAUUCCGCGGUGUUUUCAUGCGCACCCGUGGAGGGAAGGACGGAGAGACAAGUCAGGGUGAAGAGACAGAAGAAGUGAUUGGGUUUGAUCGCCUCCCCUCUGCGCUCCGUGGAGGUCGGUCCACUCUCCCCUCCUGGCCCUGCAUGGACGGGGAUGGGGAGAGCCGGAUGCCGUAGCCGCGGGGCUGAGCGCCUGGCUUCCCCGUCUACGGUGCGCCGUUUCCGGCCAUCGCUGCUGCUGCUGAUCGGCGUUCUGUCCUACAGUUUCACGGGUCACUGCCAGGUGGCAUCUCCUCAGUGUCGAAUCCAAAAGUGCACCACCGACUUUGUCUCCCUGACCUCCCACCUGACCCCUGCCGUGGAUGGCUUUCACACCGAGUUUUGCAAAGCUCUACGCGCUUACUCGGCCUGCACGCAGAAGACAGCCAAGUCCUGUCGGGGGGACCUGGUCUUCCACUCGGCUGUGCUUGGCAUCUCGGACCUCAUGAGCCAGAGAAACUGCUCCAAAGACGGCCCCACCUCCACCUCUCACCCCGAGAUCCACACGGAACCCUGCAACUACCACAGCCGCAGCCAGCAGGCGCACAUCCACUCCCACCUCCACGUGCACACGCACUCCCACGCCCACAGCGGCGGCCACUCUCGGCCCGGGUACCUGUUCUGUGGACUGUUCGGAGACCCACAUCUUAGAACGUUUAAGGACAGCUUCCAGACCUGUAAGGUCGAAGGGGCGUGGCCUCUUAUUGACAAUGACUACCUUUCAGUUCAGGUCACUAAUGUGCCUGUGGUUCCUGGCUCCAGCGCCACAGCAACCAACAAGAUCACCAUCAUCUUCAAGCCUUACGAGGGCUGCACAGAUCAGAGGGUCUAUCAGGCGGUCACCGACAACCUCCCCGCAGCCUUUGACGACGGGACUGUGAGCAGUGGAGACCCCAUCCACACCUCUGUUAGCGCCGAGGGUGCGGCCCGGAAGGUCCGGGCUUUGUGGAUCUCUGAGCGCAGCCCGGGGCGCCACGUAGAGCUGCACGCUGGCUACAUCGGCGUAACCGUGAUCGUUCGCCAGCUGGGACGCUACCUGACGCUGGCGGUCCGGAUCCCCGAGGAGAUGGCUCAGGCCUAUGACGCCUCCCAGGACCUUCAGCUCUGCCUGAACGGCUGUCCUAGCGGCGAGCGCAUUGACCAGGGGGGGCACCUUCCCCUGCCGCGCUCUCCCCCAGCACUGGGCUUGCAGCUCCAGCAGCUGCGUCGGCCUAGUUACUCCUCACAGACACAAGCACAUCCCUUUGGUGCCAAUCAAGUUUUCGGACUGGAGGGGGCGAAGGAGCGUUGCAAGGAGCAGCUGAAAGUGCCGGACAUCUACUUCCACUCUUGUGUGUUUGAUCUCCUGACUACCGGGGACGUGAACUUCACAGUCGCAGCAUCCUGUGCACAGAAGGACAUGGAGAGCCUCCACCCACACCGGGACAGGUGGAGAAUCUACCCGCAUGGUUCUGCAGCCAGCAAGUAUCCUUCUGUCGCCCUGCUCUUGCUGACUGCGCUUUUGAUACUCUGAUGGCCGUGUUUGAGCUUGUGUGUAGGCUGGUGCACGACAGAGGAAGUUUAUGGAGUUUUUUGCAGAGCACUGCUUCUUCUCCUGCAGAGCGGAAACAGCGGGCUGGACAUCUACUGGGAACUUGUUUGAAAAAUGUCAACCGGUCUUAAAGUGUGCGCAGGACAGUCUUCUUGAGAACACAAAUGACUAGAACUCUUCUUUCUGAGCGAAUCAAGUGUAAAUACUUAUUUUUUCAGUGUAAUGGUGACGUUUUUUUUUAGAUGUCUUUGAUGUUAUUCUUUAAUUAAUACCUCAAACCGAGGAUGUAUGUUUAAACAAAAGCACUUUAUUUCAUUUUUUAUGUUCACACCACCAAUCAGUGUUUGUUUUGCAUUCACUCAUGCACAAAGAGAACCCACCUGCGACAGGUUUACCAGUAUGUAAUUUCAUCCCUCGUUCAUUUCAGUUGAAUUCUUGGAGACGUCAUUUUCCAGUGUCUGAUUUGACCUGGCAUCUGUUUUUUAAGUCAGCGUCACUGUGAGCUUUACUGUUAAAUGCAUUAGGUAUAGUGUUGCAGCGAAAUGCCUUUAGUACUACUUUGUGGUGAUAACGUUUUUUGAGCAGUCAGGCUGGCAAAUUUUGCUUUUUUUACCGUUCAAUGCACGUGACUGUUUCACAUGAGUCACGUUUAGAGGUAUUUCUACCUUUUUUUUUUGCCAAAAUUCAGUGAGUGUACAGACUUCUAACUUUCAAACUCACCAUAUCGCUUGUUACCAUUUGAGCCAAAGACAAAAUUAAUGUGUUCAAAUUCACGACCAGCACCUCUCUUCCCAACUGAUAAGAUAAAAGAAAGAAACAAUACACCAAUUUAUGGUGAUAUAAUCAAUUUCUAAUAUGCUGCAGUAUGAGCUUAAGAUUUAUUUGAUGCCUUGCAGAAACAUCAAGACUUUCUGAAAUGUAGGAUUCUGUAUAGUUACACCCAAUCUGUUAGAUCAACUUAGUUUUUUUGCAUUGUUCUCUCUUAGAUUGUGUGUGAGUGUCGUUUUGGUGAAGAGUGAGUGGUUAGUGUCGAAAUACUUAACUUAUUUAUGAACUUAGUGUGCGUAGAGGAAGUUAAGCUCCAUACUCUUGCUGUUGGAUAAUUUAAAGAAAAUGUCAGCUGUGAUUGUACUGCCACCUAGUGGUGCUUUCUUGCUAUGUCAAUGUGUUACUAAAAGUGCUAAAAAAAAAAAAAGAUGCUGUGCGCGUGUCUUAUUGAAACACAAUAAAUUAAAGGAUGUGAAUGCCUUUAAAAUGUUUAUUUAUGGAAAUAUAUACAAAUCUAGGAACCACAUUUUCAAAAGCAUUUUAAGUAUCAGCUUCAUUUAAAAAAUGCACUCAAGCUAAGAAAAGGUAAGAAUUAAACCACCUGUUUGAGGUUGGGUUUCGAUCAGAUACCAGCCUCUGCCCGCCCC